UUUGCACAACUAAGUCCAACCAUCAUCACUAAACACAUAGCACACUUCCACAGUUACAUCCAUCACCAGUAAGCAAGUCCUCCUUACAUAGCAACUACUGUUGUAAGCAGAUCAAUGCUAAGAAAGACAAGUGCCUAAAUAUCCAAGAAAAGCAUCCAUGGACAGUCCAUCCACAAGUUCCAUCAUCUUGCAUGCAGUCUACAGUCCCCCACGUACAGAGGAGAAAGAAAGCACCCAUGACAUGCAUCACAACUGUGAGAAGCCACCCAACAAAGAGGCAAAGCGAAAAAGAAGACUCACUUUCAUUAAAGAAGGAAGCUGCAGAGCUGAAACUGCUCGAUUCCUCCCUUCUCUGCAACCACCUCCUGCCGUCGUUUCCAUGUGAUUCCUGUUGUUGUCAUUGUUGUUGGUGUCAAAUCCUCUCUAUCUCUCUCUCUCUCUCUCUCUCUCUAAGGUUUUGGAGUGGUGACCAAGCAAGCUCAGUGGACCAGCUUGGUGAUGCCAAAUGUGGCCAAACAAGGGUGCCCCUCGGACAAUGGGGAGUCCCUUCGAAGAGAGGCAACUGCUGUACUGUUGCUGUGAGCAAUGAUGUCGCAGACAAGGUGGGAAGAAGGGAACAGGGAAGCAUGAUGGAAGACUGUGGAGAGAGGGAAUUCUACUUCUAGUAUGGAUGGUCAGAGUGAGGACAGCCCCACAAAUCAAGGAUGAUGAGGAAGAAAAAGAAAAGGAAUCAAAUUCUGGGCAAUGUGUAGCUGCUGAAGAAAGAUUUCGAAGCAGAUGGUAGAACUUCCAAUUUGACGACUUUGACGCUGGAUGAUCUCCAUUGACUUGCCUACAGCAAAGAUUCACAGAUCGUUUCCCUCUCUGUCUUCUUAUCUGUACACCCCCUUUUACCUCGUAAAUCUCAGUAAGAGUAGAGUGCAGUAAAAGCAGACUGUUAGAUCUCUCUCUCUCUCUCUCUCUCUCUCUGUAUUAGAAUCCCCUGGCCAGAAUCAUCGGCAAGAAAGUCUAGUGCUCCUCUUCCCUUCUGAUCCAUCUCUCUUCACCUCCUACUUUCCAUUGGAGCUCCAAAAAUCGCACCUUUUCCAUCUCUCUCAUGGAUCGCAAGAGCUGUGCCAAGUUGCCACGGGACGUCCCCAAGUUCCAGCAGACCCUGUGCCUCCCUCAGGGAGAUAAGAAAGAACCCACCACAGCCGCGGACUCUGUGGCAUCUGCUGAAAGGAGAGACCUUUUACCUUCCGCAGCCUUGGGUGGUAGAGAGUUACAAGUGGCCGCAGCGAGAGAGAAGGAUGAGCAAAGGCGCCAGCUUGCGCCCAGGAGGAGCUCCAACAAGGACCGGCACACCAAAGUCGACGGCAGGGGGAGAAGGAUCAGGAUGCCCGCCCUCUGCGCCGCCAGGAUCUUUCAGCUCACCCGUGAAUUGGGCCACAAGUCCGACGGGGAGACCGUCCAGUGGCUCCUCCAGCAAGCGGAGCCCUCCAUCAUCGCUGCCACCGGCACGGGCACUAUCCCGGCGUCCGCCCUCGCCGCUGCGUCCACCGGCGCCGUGUACUCCCACCUGGGCGCCAGCGUCCCUGCGGGACUCCACCAGAAGCUCGAUGAAAUGGGACAGAGAGCGGCCGCCGCCGUGCAACCCAACUGGGCCGCGGUCGGGGCUGCCGGCCUGCCUCGGUCGCACCCGGGCUUGUGGCCGACGCCGGUGUGUGGCUUCGAUUCCGGAUUCAUGCGUCCGUCAGCGGCAGCCUCAUCGAGCUCGAACAACGUCGGGGCAGGAGGCGGCGACGCUUCCAUAGGCAGUUUCGUGCAGAGGACGGGGCUGCAUGGGCUGGAAUUGGCAGGCUCCAACCUCAGCGCGAUGAGCUUCGCCUCCAUGCUCGGCGGGCAUGGGCAGCAGCUGCCGGGGCUGGAGCUCGGGCUCUCGCAAGAUGGGCGUAUCGGGGUAUGGAAUCUAGAGGCCAUGGGCCAGAUAUAUCAGCAGAUGGAACCAGGGAGGUUGGUGGCAGGCGCUAAUGGUGCCGGGCAAUGGCAACAGCAGCAGACUCAUCAGUCAGAUGAUUCAUCACAGGGAUCAGAACAGUAGAAGGAAGAAUUCUGGAGGACAGUAUGCAGGAAUUCACAGUACACAGCUUAACUAAGUAUUCUUACUUUGCUUGCUAGUUUUUGUUCUUGCAUGCAACUUUUAAGUAGAAACCAGAGAAAGAGAGAGAGACAAGAAGUCACUGAUUCAAUCUUUCUCCACAUCCUUCCUUCCUCUGCAAACCCAGCUAUGGUCAGUCAUCAAGCCAGGUAGGUGUAGUAUGAUACCAGAGCUGAAUAGGUCAGCAAUGAGACUAAAGCUAUUUUGUUCAUCUUGAGGUGUGUAGAUAAAAAGAGUUUUGGCCAUAUAGGAUUGCUUUUGUUGUGAGGUACUGAUGAUGGAUGUAUUUGUGUCUUAUAUAAAUUGGUUGCAUAGUGUCUCCUAUGCUUCUCAUUAAGAAUCCU